AUGGGUCGCGUCAUCCGAUCGUGCCGUAAGGGCAAGGGGAGCGUCUUCCGCUCGCACACGCACACCCGUAAGGGCGCGGCGAAGCAUCGCCAACAGGAUUUCUCCGAGCGCCACGGCUACGUCAAGGGCGUGGUGACGGACAUUAUCCACGAUCCGGGACGCGGUGCGCCGCUGGCCAAGAUGACUUUCCGUCACACUAAGCGAUACGGCCUCCAAAAGGAGACCUUCAUCGCGGCGGAGGGAACGUACACUGGUCAGUUCGUGUACGCGGGUAAGAAGGCGUCGUUGUCCAUCGGUAACAUCUUGCCGCUCAGCUCUAUGCCGGAGGGUACGAUCAUCUGCAACGUCGAGUCGAAGCUUGGCGACCGCGGUACCUUGGCCAAGGCGUCUGGUGAGUACUGCAUCUUGAUCUCCCACAACCUCGACACGGGUUUCUCCCGCAUCAAGCUUCCAUCCGGCUCGAAGAAGACGAUUCCGUCCGGUUGCCGUGCGACGAUCGGUCAAGUUGCGGGUGGUGGUCGUCUUGACAAGCCGAUGCUUAAGGCUGGUACGGCGUACCAUAAGUACAAGGUCAAGCGCAACAGCUGGCCGAAGGUUCGUGGUGUUGCGAUGAACCCGGUUGAGCACCCUCACGGGGGUGGUAACCACCAGCACAUCGGUCACGCGUCGACCAUUCGUCGCGACCGCCCGACUGGUGCGAAGGUCGGUCUCAUUGCGGCCCGCCGUACUGGUCGCCAACGCGGUGCGAAGGGUCCGGAGAAGGACGAAUAG